CUGUCACUUGAAGUGAUUGCACACGUUGAAAGCGAAAGCCGAGGUUGUGCAUGCAAAACGAUUUUCCUGUGGCGUUUCGCGCUGAAAUUUACGUUUUUCGUGGAAAUUAUUGUUGAUUGAAGUGAAAUCCUGUCCAAUAAAGAUUUCGCGUGUGCGUCAACACCGACACGUUCGAACAGAAUUCUUCAUCCUGUUUUGCUGCUGAACCUUUUCCGGCCGAAAAGGAAUCCUAAUGGAGCGAAUGCCCCAAACGACGCAAACAACGGAGUCCGCUCCGGAUCCGGAUGUUUCAAUGCAAGAAACGGCUAGCCGCGCUAUUCAGCAAUACUCUCCCGACAUCAUCCAGUGCACGACCAUCGGCAACGCAGAUGGGAACGAUCUUGUGAUUCUUCCCAGCGCUUUAAACUUUAUCGGACGCCUGGUCGGCAAAGACCACCUGUUGCUAAUUUCCGAGCCAAAAGCAGUCGUCGGACGGGCGGUGCCGGGAAACAGCGUAGACUUCCCGGUUUCCGAAAGCAAGUUGAUUUCUCGCCAACAUUUCCUCAUCCAGUACUGCAACGACGAGUUUUCGGUGGUGUGUCUCAGCAAGAAUGGCGUCUACAUGGGUGAACGAUUUCUGCGGAAGAGUAACACUGCGUACAAGCUGGAAGCGUCGUGCUACUUUCGGUUCCCGUCCACCAAUAUUACGGUAUUUUUCGACAAUCUUAUUGGAUCGACGGCGAACGUGGGUUUGGUAGUGAAUCGGGACACGAUACCGUCCUCCGUAACGACAUUGUUGUAUCGUGCGCCUGAAGGGUCACAGAGUGAUGCGACUGCAGGUAAUAACUACGAAUACACCGAAAGUGCGCAUUCAAUCCAUGCAAUCAGUUCGCAGCUACAGGAAACGUUCAACAAGCUACUGGGACCUGCACCGGCUAGUAUCCCUUCCGCGGAACAAAUUGGCGUCAGCUUUGAAGCGGCAAGUGCAUCGCAAGAAAACACCACAAGCACACUGCCCGUCAACAACGGUCAGCAACUAACUGGCACCCCACCGUCGCGUUUCCGUGCCAAACCAUCGUUCAGCUACUCUCAGCUUAUCAUUCAAGCCAUUCGUGCAUCACCCGCCCAGCAGUUAACACUGUCCGAAAUUUACAGCUACCUUAUGGAAACUUACCCUUACUUUCGGGCCCGUUCGGGCGGGGGUUGGCAAAACUCAAUCCGUCACAAUCUGAGCUUGAACCGAUUUUUCAUCAAGAUCCCACGUACGACGCACGCAGCAGGCAAAGGCAAUUACUGGCGCAUUGAUCACAAGAUUUACAGCAAAGUAAUGGCGAACCGAUACCAGAAACCGAAAAGACGGUCCGCGACAAUGGCUUAUGCGGGAGCUAGCGGUGGAACGUACAGGUCGGCACCGGUCUCGCCGAACUAUGAUUAUCAUUCGCGCCCAGAUUCGCCGAUGAACAUGCAGGGGUCUAUGUCGGUUCCAGGUUCACCGGAACAUAUGCUAGAUGGAGAUCUCUAACACUGAAUGUUGUUUGCUUUAGUAUAAGAUUCAUUUUUUUUAUUUUUCUUCAAAUAAAAAUGUAUCCUUAGCUCCAAAAACAGGCGCAAAAUAUUUCCUGUAACAUACAAUCACUGCUUUCGCUUCGCUUCCCCCAUUUUCAUGAAAAAGCCAUAUAUUUGUAAUGAAUUACUUGCGAAAAAUAUUUUUCCAUUCAAUUUAAUUGAAUUCCACCGAACGGCGAUGGGGAAAGCGCUGCUACUUAACAGAUUAAAACCCGGGGUUCACUUUCGUUCACCCGUCAUGCCAUCCACGUAAGCGAACCAAGCGUAAAACGCGACCCACCGUCCCGAUAUAUUCUACCCGAUCGUUAAGCAAAACAAAUUCAAACGCAAACAAUUUUCCCUCCCAUGCCUUACACUGGAGUGCGAAUUCGAUUCCAAUUACACUACGGAUCCGAUUGGAUGGUAUAGCCCAACCAACGAGUGCUGCUGCGUGAGAAUCGUUUGCGAGGGAACACCCUGUGAGCGGAAGGACGAUGCAGCCUGGUGUUGCUGCUAGCAUUCAAUUUUCACCAUAAAUCCUCCCCCAGUGAAACGCACCGGAAAAGAGCUUACACAAGAUCAGCAUAAUUUAGCGAACGUAGCGCCCCGUAGGACGAGGAAGAUCUUUGACGAUCCUCGUCGGAGGCUGCGAUACGCCCCGGCAAGGGCAAAGUUUGUUUACGCAAGUUUUGUUCUUGAGUCAAAUCCUCGGCGUUGCCAGGAGGAGCCAGCACUCUCACAAGACACAUUUGCCAAUGCUAACAACAUACAAUGGACAACAAUAACAACGGGCCCUGGCCCAUCCAACCAGAGUGCCAAUCAAUGAGCCGAACACACACACCACCACCACCAUCAGCUUCCAAUUCUUCGAGAGCAAGGCGAGAAAGGAUGUUCAAGUUUGAAAGGUUUCCACCACAAUCAUUUCCGCCGUGCAUCGACCGGAAGGACUUUGUAAGCUGGUGUUUUGCUUCUUCCCUUUCGCUGGCUCUUCUUUGCAUCUUGUACAUUUGAUAACACAACAAAGUUACUCCCCAGUCCAGCCCAGUAGCGCAAGGAAGUGUUUGGCUAUCCAUAACCGAUCCGUUCUUGGCGAGGGGCGACGGUGCGAACCGUUGUGCUCUUACUUGUGCCCUGUUUAGAUAUCUCUAUUGCCGAAGCACUUUCAACCGGCGCGCCAUAGCUCAGAAACAGAUUAUUUAUUUACUUUUCAUUGCGUGAGCUUCCCACCAUCAGCCGACGUUCUGGGCGCUGGGGUUUCCCGAUCAAGUGGUCGAUAUGUGUUUCAAGGAACCGGAGGAUUCUUAGACGCAGCGCGCGUUCGGUGUUUGCGUAGUGUGUGUCUGUGUGUGUUAUGGCCGGGAGUGCACCAGGAUACCAAACACCUUCCCGGAAAGGCGCAACAACUCUUGUCAACACACACACCAAUUGUUAUGCUGCGGGAAAAUACAUCCCAAGAAUUGAAGUGAAAAUGGACCGGGCCGGGGCAACGAAGCAAUACCAAUUUUCUCGCCAUUCUCGAAGAUGUACGGGUACGGUUCCUUCUCUGAACGAUACGCGUCUCUGCUCUCCGUGUCCCAGGAUGUCGGAUUUACUGAAAAACCUUGAAAUGACCAAAGCCUUCCAAUAGCAAAAUGCGAAGAAUCGGAUCGGAUCUUGAUUGAAAAUGUUCUCCAUUUUCCCCGUCACUCCCUGCUGCGUUCGGUUGGGCCGUGGACAAUGAUGGUGCUGGUCCACCGGUUAGCUCGUUUGUUGACAUCUAUUUAUUCGCCCGCCUAUGAUUAGAUCUUCCUUUUAUUGGUUUUAUCUGUAUGGGGUACAUAAACCCCCUACAGCGCGCCGGGAAAACGGGGAACUGUCGCCUGGCGGGGAAACGAAACUUUCCAGCAGAUAAGAGAUGGAUUUAAAAGACUUUCGAAAACGGCAAAAAAGAACUACAAAUCGAAGCAGAUAAAAGCAUCAACAGAGCGGGAGGUGGAUGGGUGGACACUGUCUCCACUUCCUGAAAGCCUACCUGGCAACGAACAUAUAUCCUCUCAUAGGAAACUUGAUACGGUUAUGCGAUGCGCAGAUGCAAAGUUGCUACGGAAAAAUGGAACACUGUGUUGUGCUGGUCCGGAUGUCGGAUGGACACAGGAGUAAUACAUCUUCGAACCAUUUACUCAAUAGCGAUUAAAGUCAUUAACACAAAGAGCAGAGGCAGAGUAACAUUGGAAUAUGGCUGCAGUGCACGAUUGAUGUUACCGAGCUGGAACCGGCGCAGGGACAUAAAAAGGCUUACGCAAAGCUGCACGAAAAGGUUGUUGCGAGCGUUCAAUUUAAACAGCAGCUCGAAUUGCUUUUCCCCCCCCGUUCGCUCUCCCCUAUCUUAAUCAAACAGUAACUCUGGAAAAUUGCCAUCUUGUGUCGUUUAUUAAUCUUCUGCUGCUGCUUGUAAAUGGGCCUUCCGUAAGGACAACGACCACCACGGAUACCGCCGCUAGUGCUAUCGCCAGAAGAAAACAAGUCCAACGCGUUUGUUUGGUGGCCCGAUUUC